AGAGCUCUUUAAAUAUGGAAAGGAGACAGAAGUGCCAUUGACGCUCGGAGACGAGCGAACAGACAAGAGAACGUUCCUCACUUUUAGCGACUGUCCAGAGUAUCUGAGUUUUGUUAUUUAUUGAACUUAUCGUAGUUUGUAGAUCCAGUGACAUAACGUUAAAUCCCGACAGAUAGAAUACGAACAGGUCGAAGUGAGUAAACUUAACCAAAGUGCCAGAGUGCUUGGCUUCUUCUGCAGUUAUUGGGUUUCGGUUUUUGGCGUUUUCACAAAAUUUCGACAUUGAGAAUAGUGAGCGCGUUUGUUUCACACUGACAGGACGGCUUCUGUGACACCAUUACGCACUUAAGCACUUCGGGAAGAAGGAGGACUCCCGUAAUGAGCGAUAAAAACAAGGUGGAUGAAGAGGCUGUGGUGGACAGAGGUGCCUCAUAUGUCAAACAUUGUGACAAGGAGGAGGUUGAGAGCCAUCACACAGUGUACAUCGGUGUCCAUGUACCGAAGAGUUACCAUCGCCGUCGGAGACACAGAAGACGUUCAAGUCACAAAGAAAAGAAAGAGCGAUUAAUUGAAGGAGUGAGCGACAAAUCGGACACUGAGAAUGUGGAUGACUCCUCCACCAGCAUCCUCAAACCUCUCAUCUCUUCGGCAGCCGAAAGGAUCCGCUUUAUUCUGGGUGAGGAGGAAAGUGGCCCCGCACCACCACAGUUAUUCACUGAGCUUGAUGAACUGCUCACCACUGAUGGCAACGAGGUUGAGUGGAAAGAGACUGCCAGGUGGAUCAAGUUUGAGGAGAAGGUAGAAGAGGGUGGAGAGAGGUGGAGUAAGCCCCAUGUUGCCACUCUGUAUCUGCACUCACUGUUUGAACUGAAGAAGUGCAUAGAGAAGGGCACUGUCAUGCUUGACAUGGAGGCUAACUCACUGCAGCAGAUUGUUGAAAUGAUCACAGACACUCAGAUUGAGACGGGGCUGUUGAAGGCUGAGCUAAAGGAAAAGGUUACAUACACACUACUGCGAAAACACCGCCAUCAGACCAAGAAGUCCAACCUACGCUCUUUGGCUGACAUUGGCCGAACUGUCUCGAGUGCAAGUAGGCUGUUUUCAAACCAAGAGAAUGUGCGUGGUUCUGUUGACCACUCUGUGCCACGCUUUAGCAUCUCUGAAAUUGAAGGCCAAAUACAGAUGCAGAGAAGCAACAGCGUGGGUAUGCUUUGUACUCCAGCUGCAGUGCCCCAAAAUCUGACCUCCAGCAGCCUUAAUGACCUCUCUGACAAGCCUGAGAAGGACCAGUUAAAUAAUAAAUUCAUGAAGAAGAUCCCACGGGAUGCAGAGGCAUCUAACAUUCUUGUGGGUGAAGUGGACUUCUUAGAUUCUCCUUUUGUGGCCUUUGUGCGGCUCCAGCAGGCCAUCAUGCUUGCAGGGCUCACUGAAGUCCCUGUGCCUACACGAUUUUUGUUUGUUCUUUUGGGACCGACAGGAAAAGCCAGAUCAUACCACGAGAUUGGUCGAGCCAUUGCUACUUUAAUGUCAGAUGAGGUGUUUCAUGACAUUGCAUACAAGGCCAAAGUUCGGGGUGACCUAUUGGCUGGUAUUGAGGAAUUCCUUGAUGAGGUCAUUGUGUUACCCCCUGGAGAGUGGGACCCUGACAUUCGUAUUGAGCCCCCAAAAUCACUACCAUCCUCAGACAAACGAAAGAAUAACUUGGGAGCAGGAGGAGUUGGAGGUGGAGAUGGAUCCAAGCUUAAUGGCGAUGCUCCUAUUGAAAGUGGUGCAGGAGGAGGUGGUGGAGGUCACCAUGUUGGAGAGGAGCUCAAGUUCACUGGCAAGUUUUGUGGUGGUCUGUGUCUGGAUGUUAAGCGGAAGCUGCCAUUUUUUGCAAGUGAUUUUUACGAUGCCCUGAAUAUCCAGGCCUUGUCUACUAUUUUGUUUAUCUAUCUGGGCACCGUAACCAAUGCCAUCACCUUUGGAGGCUUGCUUGGAGAUGCCACAGAUAACAUGCAGGGUGUGAUAGAGAGCUUUGUGGGAACAGCAUUGGCAGGUUCAGUGUUCUGUCUGUUAGGUGGCCAGCCUCUGACAAUCCUUAGCAGUACAGGGCCGGUGCUUGUGUUCGAGCGGCUGCUGUUCAACUUCAGCAAGGACCAUGCAUUAGACUACCUAGAAUUUCGGCUGUGGAUUGGACUGUGGUCAGGCUUCUUGUGUCUGGUGCUGGUGGCAACAGAUGCCAGCUUCCUUGUACAGUACUUCACACGUUUCACAGAGGAAGGCUUUGCAUCUCUCAUCAGCUUUAUCUUCAUCUACGAUGCAUUCAAGAAAAUGCUCAAGCUUGCCCACCACUACCCCAUCGAUACCAAUUACCACUGGGACAUGGUCACUCAAUAUGCCUGCCAAUGCAUGCCUCCUGAGGGCAACAUGUCUGUCCCAGAUGAAAAAAUUAAAUUCAACUCAACUGGACAGCAGCACUGGAAUUUUACCUGGUCAUCACUAACUCAGUCUGAGUGUUUGGAGUGGGGUGGAGUUCUGCAAGGAGAAUCCUGUGGUUUUGUUCCAGACAUCACACUGAUGUCAUUUAUCUUGUUCAUGGGCACCUACACAUGUUCCAUGGGCUUAAAGAAGUUUAAAACCAGCAGAUUCUUCCCAACCAUGGUGCGUAAGCUGAUCAGUGACUUUGCAAUUAUACUGGCCAUUCUGAUCUUCUGUGGGAUAGAUGCGCUGGUUGGUGUGGACACACCAAAACUAGAAGUUCCAAGUGAAUUCAAGCCUACAAAUCCAACCCGUGGCUGGUUUGUGCCCCCUUUUGGUGGAAACCCCUGGUGGGUGUACCUGGCCUCCUUCCUACCUGCACUUCUUGUCACCAUCCUCAUCUUUAUGGACCAGCAGAUCACUGCCGUCAUUGUCAACAGAAAGGAGAAUAAACUCAAGAAAGGUGCUGGCUACCAUUUGGACCUGUUCUGGGUGGCUGUGCUAAUGAUCGUGUGCUCAUUCAUGGGCCUGCCGUGGUAUGUGGCAGCCACUGUCAUCUCUAUUGCCCACAUUGACUCACUUAAGAUGGAGACAGAGACAUCAGCACCAGGCGAACAGCCAAAAUUCCUGGGAGUCAGGGAACAAAGAGUAACUGGAGUGAGUGUCUUCCUUUUAACUGGCCUAUCAGUCUUCAUGGCACCUGUUCUUAAGUUUAUUCCCAUGCCGGUGCUUUAUGGUGUCUUUCUCUAUAUGGGGGUAGCUUCUCUAAAUGGAGUGCAGUUCAUGGAUCGCUUAAAGUUGUUUCUAAUGCCAGCAAAGCACCAGCCAGAUCUGAUCUACUUGCGCCACGUCCCUCUGCGCCGAGUUCACCUGUUCACCUUCAUCCAGAUUCUUUGCCUUGCCCUGCUUUGGAUCCUAAAGUCCACUGUGGCAGCUAUAAUAUUCCCAGUCAUGAUUUUGGCCCUGGUAGCUGUGAGGAAGGCAAUGGACUAUAUUUUCUCUCAGCAUGAUCUUGGCUAUCUUGAUGAUGUUAUGCCAGAGAAAGAAAAAAAGAAGAAAGAGGAUGAGAAAAAGAAGAAAAAAAAGAAGGGCAGCAUUGACAGUGACUUAAACUAUUCAGACUAUCCAGCCAAUGACAAUAUUCCCACUAUAAAGAUAUCCAUGGAGACGAUGGAGGAGGAGCAAAUGAGGGGAGACAAACCCUCAGAAAGAAAUAAGCCCAUGUCAUUCCUCACUCCAUACUGAUUCACUUGGUUUCUUUCCUUCCAGGUCAAGAUUUCAGUCGGUAUCAGUAACUCACUGGAUACAGAGAGUAUGAGGAAAUCCCAUGCUAAUGCUGGACCUAAAACCCACUGUGACUGUAAGAAGGAAAUACUGUAUUUUAUCUGAUAAAACACUCCUCUAAAUAUUUGAAUAAUACUGUACAUAUUUAAAAUUAAAUCAUUUACAGAUUAUGGUUUGAAAUGAGUUAACAUCAUGUAGUCUUCAUUUGAAGGCAAAUGUAAAGCAAAGAAUUUUGUAUUUAAUAUUAAGCUUGUACUUAUUAUGUAAUAUCUUAUUCUCUUAUAAUGAUUCUUAAAUUUGUGCAGAAUGUCUAUGAGCGAAUUACAUCAAAUCGAUCAAAUCUUUUCAUAAACAAAUAUAAAUAAUAGAAACCUCAGUUCUAAAACAAAAAACAAAAACAACCUUUCAUGAUCUUGUACAUUAUGCUAAACCAAUGCUGCACACACAUGGAGUUUUUAUUUAUACUUUACUGAUUAGUACAUUUUAUUAUAUUUUACCUUGAAUCAUAGCUCUACCUCUUAGAGUGCUAUUGUGCCAGGCACUGUGUGUUUGAUCUAUGCAGAUAAAAAGUGAUUGCGAUGAAAUAUAGCUCUUUUAAGAGCAUGCACAAGAUUGCUGUCAUCAUUUUAUUACAAAUUAUAAUAAUCAUCCAUAAACUAUGCAAAACCCAAUCUGUGUCUUUCUACAGUACAAAGUAAAUGAAAGAUGUCUAUUGAAGAGAUUAAAAUAUGAUUUUAUUAAGUGUACUUUGAGUAUCAUCUGUGCAAAUAUAUUUUUAUUGUACUUCAUUUUUUUUAACAAAGAGAUUGAUUGAUCUAGCAUAUAGUCUUUUAUACGAUAUGUAGGUAAUGUUGUUAAAUGUGAAUUAUAGAUUAAUAUCUGCAAGAGACAAUAAACAGAAAUAAUUCUAAUUAGUUUAAUUACUAAUUAGUUAUUUAAAAUUAAUGUAUUAAUUCAACCCGAUUAAAGUGUAAACUCUAGAGAGUGCUGUGUGUGAAAAUCCUAGGUGAUAAGCAGUUUAUGAAAUACUAAAUCCAGGCUAUCUGGUACCAACCAAGACACGGUCAGAGUCACUGAGAUCACAUUUUUCCCUAUUCUGAUGCUUGAUGUAAACAAUGAGCUUAUAAUAUUAAGCUGUAUCUGUGUAUCUGCUGCUGUGAUGCAUUGUGCUUCUGUCACAUGAAUGGCUGAUUGGAUAAUUGUAUAAAUGACCAGGUGUACAACAUUCCUUUUAAAGUGGCCAGUCCAUAAGAUUGAAAUCAAUAUCAGUUAUUAAUGGGUUUUUUUUUACCAGUAUCAGUAACUCAGUAGGAAAGAUAUAGUAUGGGAAGAUGCAGUGUUUUUUUAACGCAACACUUUUGCCCACUGUGUCCAUGUUUAAGCAGUUUCAAUUAGGUUUGUGUCAGAAACUUUGAGUCAUGUUUUAUGAAGUAAAAUGGUGGAAAGGUGGAAUCUAAAUGAGCAAAUCAGAUAAAAUAUUUGCAUAGGUAAAAAGGUUAAAUGUUAAUUAUAUGCUUUUGGUUCUAAAAGCCUUCUGGUAGUGUGCACACUGUUAUACAGUAGGUCAGGCAGGGGGCAAUGUGUAGAUAAAAGCCUUCUAGCCCAUUUACUGUAUACCGAAUAAUCACCCAUCGACAGACAUUAUAGACUGAAUGUAAGAAUGUGAGUAAAAUUGUUCAUUUCCAUUCCCUGGAUGUUUCAUCUGUAUAUUUUUAAAAUUGCUAAAACAUUUUUUAAGGUGCAUUAGAUUUCCCAAUGAGACACAUUCUCUUAAAUCUUUCUGAACCUUACUUUUACACUUACUGUGCUUUUUGAAAUUCUGGCAUAAUUCUUCCAAUUUAAAAUGACCUUGAUUGCUUACAAUUAAGAAAGUACUGCACUCCCCUUCUACUGUACAAUAGACUAAAGAUAUUUAAUUGAUUUAUAGUCAGAGUAUGACAUGUAUUACGAAUAAUAUUAGAGAUGUGUUUUACAAUCAGUUGCUGUCUGAUUUGUGUAUGUUUUACCUGCCCAAUAAGUCAUUAUGGCUUUAUGCCUACACAAAAUAUGACACAUCACUUUCAACAUGAAAUAAAACAUGGAAAAUAAAGUGAUUGAACAUU